GCCGGGUUUGAACCUAGGACCUCCUGUCUCUAGGCCUGACUCUCACUCCACUGAGCUACCCAGCUGCCCCCUGAGGCAUUUAUUUUCAAUGGACAAUGUGUUGAUUUAUUUUACUAGACUGAACUUUGAUAUAUGGUACAAUUUUCUUCCGUGGUGGGGUGGAGAUGUUGGAAAGAGAUAAUGCUUUUUAAAAAAAAAAAGUAUCUAUAAAACCCAUCAGGUCAAACUAACUUUUUUUUAGCAUCAAAUUCCAGAUUUUUACUUAUACUUGUCUCAGAGAUGGAGGAUAUUUUUGCUGGAUCACUGAUGGGAAGGUACAGGGGUUGGAGGAAUUUCUCCUGCCUCAGUGGCUGCUUCUUUGCCUGAGCAGCAGCAGCCAACAGGAACAGAAAUGGGAAGUGAUAGAAUGGGGCGGGAGGGGUAAGUACUUCACCACCCUCAAAUAGAUGCCCCAACAAGAGACAAGAAUUUAGGUGGGGAGAAUUUAGUUGUGGGUAUAUCAGGGAUUUUUAUUUUUAAUUAUUUGAAUAGGGAGGGAAGAGGUUUUAACCUUUAAAAAUUCAAUGCAUACCCAGUGCUAUCUAUCCUUUGCCAUUUGGCUUCUUUCCGUUUUGUGGGAUUCCCUCCUCCUCUCACCCCCCAACCUGUUCUCAUAACCUUGGGCACGCCUAUUAGCCCCAAAGCUGCCAGGCUUAUGCCACCUGCCUCUGCUGCUUCCUGGAAGGCUGAGACCAGGCAGUUCACCAAGUGUUAAUGAGCACAGCUUCUUUCUGCUCUGCUCUGGCCCCUGGGGAGCCCUGCCCUGCUGGCCAGCACAGAGAAAUCCCAAAGAUCAGUACUCUCUCCUCCCUCCUUCCCUCCCUCCCUUCUGGGGGUGAGUGACCAUGGCCUGGAAUUUUAAUGGAAAAAUACAACUAGGGGCACUGCUUCUCUCUCUCCUUGGAUGGAUCUGCUCUUGUGUCACUACAGCUGUUCCUCUGUGGAAGAAUCUCAACUUGGAAUUGAACGAAAUGGAGAACUGGAGCAUGGGACUCUGGGAGGUCUGUGUUAUCCAGGAGGAAGGGGCCAUAGUAUGCAAGACCUUUGAAUCCUUCUUAGCUCUGCCCCAGGAGUUCCGAGCAUCCAGGAUACUCAUGGUGGCCUCCAAUGGGCUGGGGUUCCUAAGUCUUCUCCUCUCCAGCCUUGGUUCUGAUUGCUUCCAGCUCCAGGGAGUCAGCUGGAGGCUGAAGAAGUGGCUGAGAUUCUUCGCCGGGGUGCUAAUGGAGGUGGCGGCAGCCUCAACUCUUUUCCCUGUUUCUUGGGUAGCCUACAGCACAGUCCAGGAUUUCUGGGAUGAACAUAUCCCUGAAAUUGUGCCUCGGUGGGAGUUUGGAGAAGCCCUCUUUCUGGGCUGGGUUGCUGGAGUUUUUCUAGCAGUUGGUGGACUGCUCUUGAUCUGCUCAGCCUGGAUGGCAAAGGAUGAACCACUUUCACCUCCUAAUGCCUGUCCAUUAGCCCUUCCAACGGGGAGUCCAGCUGAGAUUCCAGAGAGGUUCUGCCACCCACCUUCAAGACACAGAGAUCUGGUAAUUUAG